GAAGGACAUUUCUGAAAUCUCUCACACAAUAUUCACAUGCUGACAUUGGAUCUAUAAUCAUGAACCAGUUCUCAUACUUGAGUUUCUUUCUUUUGGCUGCUGCGGCUGUAUUGGCUUACAUGUGGAGGGACACGUUUGAUGCAGAGUCUGUUCAGGAGGCGCGGGUGCUUGUCACAGGGGCCAGUAAAGGCAUCGGAGAACAGAUUGCCUACCAUUACGCACGCUUCGGAGCAAAUAUUGUUAUCAGUGCCAGAGGGGAAGAUGGUUUAAAAAAGGUGGCACAGAAAUGUGUGAAAUUGGGUGCUCAGAAGGUUUCAUAUGUGACUGGAGACAUGUCUGACCCCGCAGAUCCUGACAGAGUUAUCAGAUACGCUCUGGACAAAAUGGGUGGACUGGACUAUCUAGUGUUGAAUCAUGUUGGAAACAGUUAUGUUGAGUUUUGGAACAGAGACCCAGAUCAUGUCAGGACACUCAUGCAGGUGAACUUUGUGAGUUAUGUGCAGAUGACUGCCGCUGCACUUCCAGUGAUGGAGAAAUCACGAGGUUCUAUCAUCGUCAUAUCAUCAAUGGCGGGUAAGCUUGCCUCUCCAUACGUGGCUCCGUACACAUCCACUAAAUUUGCUGUGAAUGGAUUCUUCAACACGCUGCAGCACGAACUGGCAAUCCAGAAGAGCAACGUAUCUGUGACCAUAAUGAUCCUGGGCCUCAUUGACACAGAGACGGCACUAAAUAAGAUCAAAGGAUUCAGCAGCAUGACUGCUUAUCCAGCGGGUGAAGCGGCUCUCAGCAUCAUUAAAGCUGCAGCCACACGUCAGAAAGAAGCUUUCUACCCCUGGUUCCAUUACUUCACAUGUCUGUUCAGAGACUGGUUCCCAUUUAUUAAAGACCUCAUGCUAUCGGACAUAAAUAAACAGUGAUUCUAUAAAUCAAGAUUUCCCAUGACUAUAGAGAAAAACAGGAUGUCUUAAGAAUUUUUUUGUGUGUAUGAAUCAAAUUUGAUUAAUUGUCAAUUAAUUGUAAUUUCAAAAACAACUGUGAAAUUGGCAAGAAAAGUGAAAUUUAUUAGCCAUAUAAAAAGUUAAUUGUUAAUUUUUCAGUUCCAUUUAGUUUAGUGUACCUGUAUCCUCAUGGGAACAGAACUAUAGUGCGCUUGCACUUUAAAGGUGUUAUACUGGUUAAUAAACAGCCACACUAAAGCAAUCCUACAAGGUCAAAAUGAUCGUAAGUCAUUGACUUUAUUGAAAAUCUGAUAUAACUUAUCUAUUCAGUAAAUAAAUCUACCGUACAAGACUUAAACCAGACAUGACAUUGCCCGUUACAUGUCAUGUUUGUUAUCUGAUUUGAACACAAUAGAUUUGAUGAUUUUAUGUACUCAGUUGUGGGUCCUUUAAAUUGAUUUGGGAAUUAUUUUAAAAUCUGAAUCGGCAGAAAACACAAAGCAGAUAUAACAUUAUGUUUAGGGCUUCAGCUUUCAAAGAAAAUAAAUUAUUAUAAUAUCGAUACUAUACAACUCUUUGUACUUUUCAGAUGUAUAUGCAUCUUCUUUUGAAGGACGUUUGUAGUAAAUAAAUAAAAAACUG